GCAAAAGUUCUUACUUCAUAACAAAGAAACAAAGACCAACCAGAGCCUUCGAUUUUGUCUGCUACCGCUGCGCUGCUUCCAGACCUCCGAGCGAGCUCACUCGCCAACUCGACAAUGACUCAGGAAUCGUUCAUCUACAGCUUCGUGGCCCGAGGUACGAUGAUCUUGUCGGAGUACACCCAGUUCACCGGCAACUUCCCCGCGAUUGCGGCGCAGUGUCUCCAGAAGCUUCCUUCCUCCAACAACAAGUUCACCUACAACUGCGAUCACCACACCUUCAAUUUCCUCGUGGAGGAUGGAUACGCAUACUGUGUUGUUGCCAAAGACUCUGUCGGCAAGCAGAUAUCUAUUGCAUUAGAACGAGUGAGAGCUGACUUCAGAAAAAGAUAUGGGGGUGGUAAAGCAGAUACGGCUGUUGCCAAAAGUCUUAACAAGGAAUUCGGACCAGUUAUGAAAGAGCACAUGAAGUAUAUAAUUGAUCAUGCAGAAGAGAUUGAAAAACUUUUGAAAGUGAAGGCGCAAGUUUCAGAAGUUAAAAGUAUAAUGUUAGAGAAUAUUGAUAAGGCUAUCGAUAGAGGGGAAAACCUGACUGUUCUUGUUGACAAGACUGAAGAUCUUCGUUCUCAGGCCCAAGAUUACAAAAAUAAGGGAACACAAAUAAGAAGGAAAAUGUGGUAUCAAAACAUGAAGAUAAAGUUGGUCGUUUUCGGAAUCCUCGUACUUCUGGUCCUGGUAAUCUGGCUUUCUAUUUGCCAUGGAUUUGACUGCACGAACUAGUAGUAUUUAGGCACAAAGCAAUGCUUUCAAAUUAUGCGAUACAUGAGCUUCAUUUCAACAGAUUGUGUUGAACAUGGAGGGAGAAGGAGAGGGAGAGGAAGGACGGGGGCAGGCGAGGGGAUAGCGUGAGAGAGAGAAUUCUUACAUUUGGCUUUAUCAAAUUGUUCAUUAUAUAUGUUUCUAGAUUUUUAUUUUGAUAUGGCGACAAUGCAGACAAGGUUUUGGUGAUUAAUUUUUUCGUUUCUGAAUCUUACAUGAUUGAUUAGAUCAGGA